GGUAGAUUUCCAGCCUAUGUGACUAUUGGUCGGAUCGGUGGUGCGGCACACAAUACUUAUGUUCUUUUUUCCCUGGUCCGCUUUCAAUACAGUUCAGCAGUGAAGAACUUAAACCAACAAUAGAACGCCUACUCAACAGGCGUCCGAAACAAUAGUACCGGGAGCUACCAGGACUUGUGAAGCAGCCGCCCGGGCCAAGGAACAAAGAAGAGAUGGACUCGAGUUUCGCAGAGCCGACCCAUGCCGUUCCUGAUCAUGGGUCCUCGUCCUUACUACUAGGCGCUGUAACAGCAGGCGUUGGAGACGAUUCUGGCGCGAGGGCUGUAACGGCCGUCACGGCCGACGCGGACAGGGGCCGUAGCAGUGGUAAUGAAGACAGCCCAGCAGCGACAGCGAUAGCGACAGCGACAGCGGUAACGUCUCCUAUAGCGGUAACCCCAGUGGUGACCCCAACGGUAACUACAGCGGUAACUCCAGCAGCAGCAACGGCACCACCAGCGCUGGGCGGCAGAUCUGGAUCGGGUUUUUUCAGUUCGGUGCACGCACGGGCACCUGCACCUGCACCUGCACCUGCCACUACUACUGCCACUACCGCACCAUUGCAAGCCCCCCAAGCCUUCCACCCGUCCUCAACGCCAUUAUCAUCAUCAUCAUCACCACCUGAUUUCAAUUUCCAUCCUCCCCCAUCCCAAUCCCGCCCGCCUCUCACCAGACCGCGCACUCUCCACGCACACCGCCAAAGCCAUAGCUCGUCCAAGCUGCCGGCCUAUCGCUUUGCCGACUUGAACAAAGGGUCAAUUGCUUCGCCUUUAUUGUUGCAGCACCCGCAAAAUAACCGCAUCCCACCCUCGCCUGUCUCACCUGAUUCGGAUCAGCGUCCCGAAACACUGCUAAAUACUGUUAUUCACUCCUCCCCACCAAGCACCUCUGAGACCCGUGCCGCCCAAAAUACCAAUUCUAGGAAACGCAAGUCCUGCGACGUAGAAAACGUUGUCUCACGCCCUCCGCCAUCAACACAGGUAGAUGCAGUCAGAUCUCGGGCAUCUACCUUCCAACCUGAAUCGGCUUCUCUCCCCGCAACCACGUCUUCAACCAAUCUGAAGCGAUCCACAUCACUGGAUACCGCCAGCGCUCCCCCGAACACCACAGGUGUUAAGUCACCUUCGGGUUCUUCUGAGACAGUCAUCACGGUUCUUAAAAGACGCGCACCCACUUCCACAUCUCCAAGUACGCCGUCAGAACAAGACGUCGACGCCGCCGCCGGCGGGUUAUCCGCUGAGGCGACAACAAGGGGUAGUUUUUCCGGCCAGCGGGAGCUUCUACUACCCAAGUCAUUACAAAGAACCGCAUCAGAUGAUAGGAGGGUUUCCAUAUCGAGGAAGCCCCCCAUAUCAUACAAACCGCGCACUAGUACCGGGGGUUCUGCCACUGGCGCCUCCAUACCACCUAUUCGGUCAUUUCGAUCAUCUGGUGAACGACGUAGCCUAGUGCUCGACAUGAACCUCAGAACUUCGCGCACCCACGACAGUGGAGACGAUCAUGGUGAUUCGAGCCAUCGCGAUAGAACACUACGUGCUUUAGAGGGAAGACGAGGUGAGGAUAUCAUGCAGUGGACACCACCCGACUCCGCCGGAGAGCGACCCGAUGGAGAUGAUACAGGAGACUUAUUUCUGAAGAUCGCCCGAGAGGACUCUUCACAGCGCACAACUGACGGUAGCAAGAUGUACCAUAUAGAUAACCUAAAUGCAAUCUCUCGCGUAGCACGUAGUGCUCGCCGGCCUCUUUCAGUGGCCAUAUCGCCAUACCAAUCACCUUCAUACCGAUCCCCGUCUCCUCCUCGCAUGUCUCGGCGCAUGUCUGAACAGGAAUCUCGGGUCAGAGGUCUCGGCUAUGAACCAGGAGAGAGAACAGGUCCGCCUGUGUCUUACCGAGGACACACCAGGGAGCCGCACUCAGAAGAUUUCAAACUUAGAGGCACUAGCCCAUCAGUCCGGCCAUCUCCUCUUACGCCCCGAACUUCCUACCAGGAUUCAUCAGAGCCUUCUUCUACACACCGAAGACGGCAACAUUCCAUUGAUCGCAGCUCUGCCGUUUUGUCUCGAGCAGCCACCCUGAAACAAGCAAAUGUUAAUUAUAGCCACCCUCGAGCGUACAACUCAUCUCCUCUGGUACCGCAAACUACAGAAUCUCACAGGAACGAUGCGCAACCCAACGAGGGAACUCCUGUAGAGGGCACAGAUUCGACAACCUCGACUGCUGCACCUUCGACAGUUUGGGAUGAGCUAGAAGAGUUGAAAUCACGGAUUCAUCGCCUCGAAUUAACUGGGAAACUUCCGCCCACCUCGAGCGCCGCUAUAUCGCGAGCGUCUGAUGAACGCCCACCGACUGCAAAUACAAAUGCCACAACAUUAUCGGCCUCGCCCAAACGUGGUACUUCUUCGAGCGUAGUACAGAGCACAGAAGCAACGCCAGCGCCAAAAGAUAGUCACCCGCUGCUCAACUCAGCUCUAGCGAAAUCUAAGGAAUUUCUGGUACCCGAGGUUUAUGACGCAUUAGAAGCGGCAACCGUAGAUGCUUUAGCUCUUACCGCCAUGAUGGGCACUGCUGGGCAGCCAGGUCCAAUCUCUAGUGGGGCAAGCAAUAUUGGCAGCAGUACUGGAGCGGUCACUGAUCGCCAGCUAAGGAAAAAGGCAGACAGUGUUUGUCGAAGCCUCACGGAAUUAUGCCUGGCACUAAGUGAACACGCAGGUGCGGCCAAACAUCAACAAAUAGUUGCACCACCUCCAGAAGAUGCCACAGUGACCAGUCCUACGAUCAUGCAAUUUUCGGGAAUAGCAACACAGAGACGGCCGAGUGUCCCUGCAAACCGACCUAUUGAGCUGCCGACAAGCCCGAGAACUAUGUCCCGUUACGAAGAAAAAAGAGCUACUAUUUUAACCGCCAGUGCUCUACCAAGCCCACGAUACAGUAGCAAUGUUCCUACAACGGCAGAUGCCAUCAGUGCUACUAGCGCAGGUCGUAAAAGCUCGCUUUUGUUCUCACGAGCUCGCCGUGCUGGAACCGAAGAACCUGAAGAUGGCCGUAGGACUUCGACCCUUUUGAGAAGUCGCCGUGCUGGUACAGAGGAGCCUGAGGAUGGACUGGAUCGAAAGCCCAUCUUAGUUCGUGGACGUCGUGCAACGCUCGAUCCCGGUGAGGAGGACCCCCGGUUCCGUACACCCUCACGAGCUAUAACUGAAGUCAAUGGUUCCCGGCCACGCGAAUACAUAUCACAUCUCCCACCACCUCCUAUCACCAAAGACGUCGAUACCCUGGCAAACUCAGCUCUUCCAAGAAGGCGUCUUGUCGGCUCUGCGACCAUAAACACACGGAUGACGCAACCAGCAACAGUGACGACACCACAAACGCCGUCUUCUAUUACACCGAACAGACGAUAUGUUGAUAGAACCACGCCAAGCCGGGAAGUGACUUUUGACGCGGAUGGACUGAGCGGUGAUCGACCUCAACAACGGCAAUUCUCUCUGGCUCGUUCUGGAAGCCUGAAUCGUCGGGCCACCAACCGACAGAGUAUGAUUGCGACGCCCUCCAAUACGACGACCAGUUAUUAUAGAUGAUAACUGAACGAGCCUAUCACGAUCAUAACGACGAUGUACCAAUAAAUGUGUCCGUGGGACAAAAAGGCGUUUUUUGUAACAGCAUCUAGCAUGAAUAGGCGUUUUCCUCUUUUUGCUUCUGUUUCGUUUUCUUAUCUUACUUGACGUAAUCUUCCGAAUACCCUUUUUUUCUAUUUGGAACUUUUAUGAAAGCCGCUUGUUCGGUCUUGGAGGGCGAUUGUUGGAAGGAACCCGCGAAUAUCCACCGAA